AUGGCUCUACGAGAGACAACUAUCACAAGUACGUGCUCAGCUGAGGAAGUUGGCAACAGACAGUCUGCGACUCCUUCACCUGCGCCAGUCUCUGUGACGUCAAGUGUAGUAGGAGCUCAGCCUAUGAAGAGGGUCGGCAGUGGUGGCUCUCGUGCCCCGUCGCGUCUAUCAACACAGCAUGCUGGCAGCCCUACAGUGCCGGAGACGGGAACACCUCCAACCCCUGCCAGAAGCAGGACUUCUCUCCCGCUUCGAGGGCCUCCUGCCCCGUCGAUGCAGCCACGAACUUCAUCGAACAGCAAACCGUUGUCCCGCCAGACGUCGAAGGAAGUCGUAUUCCAAAAUCCAUUGUCAAGACGUGGUAGUGUCCAACCUCAACUGUCUCGAUCGCCGGGUCAGGUCAAAGACACAGGUCACGAAUCCGAUGACGAGCCAGAGGAGCAACAAAUGACACAAUCCAAGUUCAUAACUCGCAGAUCAAAUCCGUCCUCACUUCAUCGCAGAAGCGUGUCGCUGCGGAAGGACAAGGCUCUGCAAAGCCCAAAGCCCACAGACGAUGAUGACGAGGACGACUCUUUCCUCGCAUUCGCAUCAGACAUUCCAGAUAACACAUCGUCUCAGCAAACGAUGAAGCUUCAGCAAGAUCCAAGCGCAACUCUACGAGGCGGCUUGGGGGGCACAGCACUGCAACGGCCCAAAACUCACCGUAGAUCAACCUCAGAAAAGAUAGCCUCUCCCACGAAGACCCAGGCGAGUGCUGGAAAGGCUCCUGUUAGACCACAGGCCUUGUCAGCAUCCACCAGCUCUUCUGACCCAAACACUGGUACUUCAACAAGCACUCAGCCCAGCAUGCAGCCGCAUCGAGCAGAACGAACGGCAAAGACACUCUCGCCGCGUCAGCAGGCGACACUUGCAUCGGCUGGGCUUUCACCAAGGCGGCAGGGAUCCGAGUCAUCGCCAAGCAUGGGCUCGAGCUUUAGCGAUUUGGACGAUACGAGUGUCACUCAGUCCGCACUUGAAGAGGCAUUGAUGAGCGGUAUGGGCGGUACAACGAUGGCUAGCAGGGUCAGCGGCAUUAGUCAAGCGCUGAAGAGUCGGUACUUCGAUGCUCGACAAAACGAGCGACAGGGCGAGAAGUGA